GCGGCCUGGGUGCCGGCCGCGGGCCCGGCAGCAGCGCGGCCCACCAUGUCGGCGGGCGGCCGCGACGAGGAGCGGCGGAAGCUGGCCGACAUCAUCCACCACUGGAACGCCAACCGGCUGGACCUGUUCGAGAUCAGCCAGCCGACCGAGGAUCUGGAGUUCCAUGGAGUGAUGAGAUUUUAUUUUCAAGAUAAAGCUGCUGGAAACUUUGCCACAAAAUGCAUCCGCGUCUCUAGCACUGCUACCACCCAAGAUGUGAUUGAAACUCUGGCAGAGAAAUUCCGCCCUGACAUGCGCAUGCUGUCGUCUCCCAAGUAUUCACUGUAUGAAGUGCAUGUCAGCGGAGAAAGAAGAUUGGACACUGAUGAGAAGCCUCUAGUUGUGCAGUUGAAUUGGAACAAAGAUGACCGGGAAGGCAGAUUUGUGCUCAAGAAUGAGAACGAUGCAGCCCCUGCUAAGAAGGUUCAAAGUAAUGGACCAGAAAAGCAGGAAAAAGAAGGUGUUAUACAGAACUUCAAGAGAACUCUCUCAAAGAAAGAAAAGAAAGAAAAAAAGAAGAGAGAAAAGGAGGCCUUGAGACAGACGUCUGAUAAGGAGGAUGGACCUUCUCGAGGGGAUGACAGUGAGAAUUCCCGACUGGCUGCUGAGGUAUACAAGGACAUGCCGGAAACCAGCUUUACUCGAACCAUUUCUAAUCCUGAAGUGGUUAUGAAACGACGGCGGCAGCAAAAGCUGGAGAAGAGGAUGCAGGAGUUCCGAAGCUCAGAUGGGAGGCCCGAUUCAGGUGGAACGUUGAGAAUUUAUGCAGAUAGUUUAAAACCAAACAUUCCCUAUAAGACAAUCCUACUGUCUACUACGGAUCCUGCAGACUUUGCUGUGGCGGAAGCUUUAGAGAAAUAUGGUCUGGAAAAAGAAAAUCCUAAGGAGUACUGCAUUGCUCAGGUUAUGCUUCCCCCUGGAGCCCAGCAUUCUGAUGAAAGAGGUGCUAAAGAAAUUAUCCUUGAUGAUGAAGAGUGUCCUUUACAGAUCUUCAGGGAAUGGCCAAGUGACAAAGGGAUUUUAGUCUUUCAGUUGAAGAGGAGGCCAUCAGACUACAUCCCAAAGAAAUCGAAGAAGCUUGUGGAAGGGAAGCCACUGAAGGGGAAGGAGAGAGCAGACAGCUCAGGCUACGGAUCUGCUCUCCCCCCUGAGAAGCUGCCCUACUUAGUGGAGUUAAGCCCAGCCCCAGGGAGAAGGAGUCACUUUGCCUACUACAGCUGUCACACUUACGAAGAUGGCUCUGACUCCAGAGACAAGCCAAAGCUUUACCGCCUUCAGCUGAGUGUGACUGAAGUUGGGACAGAAAGGUUGGACGACAACUCCAUCCAGCUCUUUGGCCCAGGAAUCCAGCCUCAUCACUGUGACCUCACCAACAUGGAUGGUGUGGUCACCGUGACACCUAGAAGUAUGGAUGCGGAGACUUACGUGGAUGGCCAGCGCAUCUCGGAGACCACCAUGCUGCAGAGUGGCAUGAAAGUGCAGUUUGGGGUGUCGCAUGUGUUUAAGUUUGUGGACCCCAGCCAGGACCAUGCUCUUGCCAAGAGAUCUGUGGAUGGAGGCCUGAUGGGGAAGGGCCCAAGACAUAAGCCUGGGACUGUUCAGGAAACAACCUUUGACUUGGGAGGAGAUGUCCACAGUGGGACAGCAUUGCCGACAAGCAGGAGCACCACCAGACUGGACAGCGACAGGGUGUCCUCCACCUCGAGCACGGCUGAACGAGGGAUGGUGAAGCCUAUGAUCCGCGUGGAUCAGCAGCAGGACUACCGCAGGCAGGAGAGCAGAACUCAGGAUGCUGCUGGGCCAGAACUGAUGCUGCCUGCCAGCAUCGAAUUCAGGGAAAGUGCUGAAGACUCCUUUUUAUCUGCCAUUAUCAAUUACACGAAUAGCUCUACAGUACAUUUUAAGUUGUCCCCCACUUAUGUGCUGUACAUGGCGUGUCGGCACGUACUGUCCAGCCAGCACAGACCCGAUGUCAGCCCCACGGAGCGCACGCACAAGGUCAUCGCCGUGGUCAACAAGAUGGUGAGCAUGAUGGAAGGGGUCAUUCAGGAGGUAGACCAGGUUGAUCAGAAGCAGAAGAACAUCGCAGGGGCACUUGCCUUCUGGAUGGCCAACGCAUCUGAGCUGCUCAACUUCAUCAAGCAGGACCGAGACCUUAGUCGGAUCACGCUCGAUGCCCAGGACGUUCUAGCACACCUGGUUCAGAUGGCAUUUAAAUACCUGGUCCACUGUCUUCAGUCAGAACUGAAUAACUACAUGCCCGCCUUUCUGGAUGAUCCUGAAGAGAACAGUCUGCAAAGACCAAAAAUAGAUGAUGUGCUGCACACACUCACAGGAGCCAUGUCCUUGCUUCGGCGCUGCAGAGUCAAUGCUGCCCUGACUAUCCAGCUUUUCUCUCAGCUGUUUCACUUCAUCAAUAUGUGGCUGUUCAACAGAUUGGUGACAGACCCAGAUUCAGGGCUGUGCUCCCACUACUGGGGAGCAAUUAUCCGCCAGCAGUUGGGACAUAUCGAAGCCUGGGCAGAGAAGCAGGGGCUAGAACUGGCUGCAGAUUGUCACUUGAGCAGGAUCGUGCAGGCAACUACUUUGCUUACCAUGGAUAAGUAUGCACCUGAUGACAUUCCAAAUAUAAACAGCACCUGCUUUAAGUUAAAUUCACUGCAGCUUCAAGCCUUACUACAAAAUUAUCACUGUGCACCUGAUGAGCCUUUUAUCCCCACGGAUCUCAUAGACAACGUGGUGGCUGUGGCUGAGAACACAGCGGAUGAGCUAGCCCGGAGUGAUGGGAGGGAUGUACAGUUGGAGGAGGAUCCUGACUUGCAGUUGCCUUUCCUCUUGCCAGAAGAUGGCUAUUCUUGUGACGUUGUCAGAAACAUUCCAAAUGGCUUACAGGAGUUUUUAGACCCUCUGUGCCAGAGAGGGUUUUGCAGGCUGAUUCCUCAUGUGCGCUCACCAGGUACUUGGACAAUACAUUUUGAAGGUGCAGAUUAUGAGAGCCACUUUCUGCGUGAGAACACAGAACUGGCCCAGCCUUUAAGGAAAGAGCCUGAAAUAAUCACUGUGACCCUAAAGAAGCAGAAUGGAAUGGGCCUCAGCAUCGUGGCAGCAAAGGGCGCUGGCCAGGAUAAACUGGGCAUCUAUGUCAAGUCUGUCGUGAAAGGAGGCGCUGCAGAUGUGGAUGGACGACUAGCAGCAGGAGACCAGCUCCUCAGUGUGGAUGGACGCAGUCUGGUGGGGCUCUCUCAGGAAAGGGCAGCAGAACUCAUGACAAGAACAAGUUCCGUGGUUACACUCGAGGUAGCAAAGCAAGGUGCCAUCUAUCACGGCCUGGCCACCCUCCUCAACCAGCCAUCCCCCAUGAUGCAGAGAAUUUCAGAUCGACGUGGCUCAGGUAAACCCCGACCAAAGAGUGAAGGUUUUGAGCUCUAUAAUAAUUCAGCUCAAAAUGGGUCGCCAGAGAGUCCUCAGCUGCCCUGGGCAGAGUACAGUGAGCCAAAGAAAUUGCCAGAUGACAGACUGAUGAAAAACAGAGCUGACCAUCGCUCUAGCCCCAACGUGGCAAAUCAGCCGCCGAGUCCUGGAGGGAAGAGCCCAUAUUCCACUGGAACCACAGCCAAGAUAACGUCUGUCUCCACGGGGAACCUCUGCGCUGAGGAGCAGAGCCCUCCACCCAGACCUGAAGCCUAUCCCAUCCCGACUCAGACAUACACCAGAGAAUAUUUCACGUUCCCAGCCUCCAAAUCCCAGGAUCGCAUGGUUCCUCCUCAGAACCAGUGGCCAGACUAUGAAGAGAAGCCCCACAUGCACACAGAUAGCAGUCAUGCCAGUGUUGCCAUUCAGCGUGUUGCCCGUUCCCAAGAAGAGCUUCGGGAAGAGAAAGCUUACCAGCUUGAGCGACAGCAAGUAGAGGCAGUUAUGGAUCGGAAAUCUGACAGUGACCUGUGGAUAAAUCAGAGCUCCUCGGUGGAAUCCAGCACCUCCAGCCAAGAGCACCUGAACCAUUCCUCCAAGUCGGCCACCCCUGCUUCCACAUUGACCAAAAGUGGCCCUGGCCGAUGGAAAACACCAGCAGCAGUGCUGCCCACCCCAGUGGCCAUCUCCCAGCCCAUCAGAACAGAGCUGCCUCCGCCUCCACCUCCACCUCCUGUCCACUAUGCUGGAGACUUUGAUGGGAUGCCAAUGGAUUUGCCUCUCCCACCCCCUCCCGCCAACCAGGUGGUUCCACAGUCGGCUCAGGCAGCUGCAGAACGGAAGAAGAGGGAGGAGCACCAGAGGUGGUAUGAGAAGGAGAAGGCCCGCCUGGAAGAGGAGCGUGAGAGGAAGCGCAGGGAGCAGGAGAGGAAGCUGGGCCAGAUGCGUACACCACCUCUGCACCCUGCUCCCUUCCCUCCCCUGGCCACCCCUCAGGCAAAGCCUGAGAAGCCAUCCACACUCCAGAGGCCCCAGGAGACAGUUAUUCGAGAGCUGCAGCCCCAGCAGCAGCCCCGUACCAUCGAGCGCAGAGACUUGCAGUAUAUCACCAUCAGCAAAGAGGAGCUUUCCUCUGGGGACAGCCUGUCUCCAGACCCCUGGAAGCGGGACGCCAGGGAGAAGCUGGAGAAGCAGCAACAGCUGCACAUCGUGGACAUGCUGAGCAAGGAGAUCCACGAGCUGCAGAGCAGGGCAGAGCGCACUGCAGAGGAGAGUGACCGCCUGCGCAAGCUCAUGCUAGAGUGGCAGUUCCAGAAGAGACUGCAGGAGUCCAAGCAGAAGGACGAGGACGAUGAGGAGGAGGAGGAUGAUGACGUGGACACCAUGCUGAUCAUGCAGCGCCUGGAGGCCGAGCGGAGAGCCAGGGACGAGGAGCGCAGACGCCAGCAGCAGUUGGAGGAUAUGCGCAGGCGGGAAGCAGAAGACCGCGUGAGACAGGAGGAGGAGCGGCGUCUGGAGGAGGAGCGAGCCAAGCGGGACGCCGAAGAAAAGGUCCUGGUCCUCUGAGGGCAGCUAGCGUUGCCAGUUAGCCUGACCUGGUGAUUGGCUGGGGCAGAGGGGCUAGCCUUGUGGCUCAGAUGCACACGGCAGAACAGGGCCGGAACCCCAGCUUUGGUUACGGACCAAAAACUCUCUCCCGUCUGGCCUGCUACCUCUCUUCUGGACUGCCUCCAGGCCCCUUGCCUUCUGAGCUGGUCCCUCAGACUCCCGAACUCCUAGGUCUGCAUGGCGCUGGGCCUCUGGGCGCAGGCCCCCUCGCAGGGUGUGGACCCCACUGGACAGGGUCCAGCUCGUUUUUGUGAAGAUGCCACUUGUUCAGUUAUUGACUUGAGUCGGCCCCAUGGGAGGCAGUAGGAACAAACAGUAAGACAGUCUGGUAACUGACCAUCUCAGAUAGGGUUUUCACUAAAAUCACUCCAUUUUUGUAGUGGUUAAGAGAACAGAUGGCUAUUUAAAAAAAAAAAAAAAAAAUCAUUCAAGGAAAAUUUAGUCUACAACCUGAUUUAUAUUCUGAGUUAUUUAUUUCUCUCUGUGUGUAUUAAUUCAAGUGAUUCUUCAGUUGAAUUGUAAAAUGACAUCUGAUUUUGAGAAAUGGGCACCUUGUGAGGCAGUUCCCAGAUCCGCGUCUAUGUGCAUAGCUGCAGCCCUCCCCAUGGGCAAGAAGACCCCAACUCGUCCAGGGACUACAGGGAGCUGUGCAGCUGCAGAGGGGCCGUGCUCCCCAGUCACCUCCCUUCUGUGAAGGUCGAAGCCUUGAGCGUCACAACUUGUGACAGGGAAAGCUUAGUUUUAUUAGCAGUUGUUUCCUUGAUAGUGCAGUGAGCUGUGUCAGUAGGACCCCCAUCCCCUGCCAUUGUUUUUAGGAAGCUUUUGGUAGUGUGGUGAUGGAUUAGGCUACAGGACAAUCUAACCACAAGCAGGACUGAUAUCAUGCUGUGGCUCAGUUAGACUUAGGGAAUAGGUGACCCCUAGAGUGGAGCGUGUGUAGGCAAGCAAUGGAUGCUGGGAGGCCUGGGCCUCUGUGAAGGGCAUCCUCCAGCACUGCUGUGGCCCAGCAGCUCCCGAGGACUGGGGGAGCUGGGUUUCCCCACAAGUCUUUCACUUGUGUAACAGAGGCAAAGCAGAGGUUUCCAGAAUCUGACCCUCUGGUUUCUAAGCCUGUGGCAUUGUUGGUGGUGGUUUGCUAUUCUGAGAAAGCCCCUUGCCUAUUAGGAGGGUGCCUUUCCCAGGUCAGUGCCUGCCAGCUGUGCCAGUGCUGCCGGUGCCCAUGCCUGUGGUCAGGCCCCGUCUUGGCCUCACUGGAGCCAUGGUGAGGCAGCCUUGCCAUCACCUCAGGGCUGUGUCCACAGAGGGCCAGGCUGCGUUUUGUUGUUGAGGAACUCUUGGGUUCAUUUUUCCAACGUGCAUUCUGAACUUACUAUUAUGCUGAAUGCACUUGUGUUUUAGUAACUGCUUCUAUAAUUGAGUGGUCACUGUAAAAAAGCUGAAAACCCUAUUUUUAAUACAGAAUGUUCAGAAUUGACGGGUUUGUAUUGUCAUAGAAAAAUGUGUGGUCCUUUUCUGGGUAGAGUCACGUCCCCUUGGUCAUGUGACUGUAUCUGCUCUUGGUGUAACUGCAAGGGGUUUGGUUUCCGCCCUGUGUUAUCAGGCAGCUUGCUCCUCCUGUAACUCCAAGGCUCUUGGUAGAGCUGUUCCAAAGCCACAGAAGUCAUUCUAAUUUGCCCUGCCCAAGGGAUUGCUGACGUUGUACAGAUAGGAGAAUAAGAAUUCUUCUCCUUCAAGGGUCUCUCAGCAGAGAGCAGAAGGUGAAGCUCGAAGUUGGUGUACGGAGUGCAGAGGGCUGGCAGUUCCUUAGUUUCCUCCUUGGGUUCUGCAGUUGGAGCAGGGGCUUUGGUGUGUAUGUGUAUGAGCUUUGGCUCUAGAGGGAGCAGGAGAGGAUACAGCCCAGAGGUACAAGAAUGAACAAUUAUCUUGGCGCCAGCAGGGCCCCAGCAAUUCUUCUUUGUUGAAUGAAUUGAAACUUCACUGUACUCCAGCACUAGACAUUCACUGGGGUUAAGCAGGUGAUCUGUUGGGUCUUUCACUCCCUUUCAUACUUACUUUUUUUCCUCUGUGCUCUAAAACUCAUGUCAAUCUUUAACAAAACUGUGCUGUUACCUUUUUUUAAUGUCAAAACAAUUUUAACACUGUCAACUGUAGUUUGUGCAGAUGUAUGUCAGAAAAAAUGUUCAGUAUGUGUCAAAAUAUAUUUGAAUUCAGUAUCUUGUUGCUGUUGCUAUUCAUGCUUGGCUCUCUAAUUUUCUGUCCACCAGGGAGUUUAUUAAGAUUUGAAAUGUAAGUUAAGAACUGGAAAGCAUUAUUUGUUAGUUUGUUGCUUUGGGAAAAUAAGUGAUAUUCCUUACAGUUUAUGGUUUCCUAGUAAAACAGCAUUAACAGGUAAGUUAAUGUCCUUCCAAAACAGAAGGGGAGAGGAGGAGGAGGAGGAGGAGAAGCAGGAGGAAAGAAAGGAGUGUAAGGCUUCAUCUUGUUUCGUGACUGGAGGGGCCUGAUAGUGAUCUAAACUAUUGCUGAGCAGUUUUAUGUCACAUAACCCAGAUUAGUCCAACUGUGACCUACGUACCCUUCCCAGGAAAGAAAGAUUCUCCCCAAGGAGACUAUUUCUGGGUUGACCCACCUCUUCUGUUGCAGUAGUUGUGACAGUUAAAUGUGACUCCUGUGGACAUGUGGUCGGUGUGAAGAUGGGGCCUGGUGGUCAGUGCACCUGUCAUAUUCCGUGAAGGCCCAAAGGGUCCGCCUGUCCCCUCCUGAUCUCUGACCUUGUACUCUUGUCUAUUCC